AUGCCGAAGCUCUUCAUCACCGGCGCUACUGGCUACAUCGGAGGCGAUGCCCUCUACGCAGUUGCAAACACCUAUCCAGAUCUAGAGAUCACGGCACUUGUUCGAAACAGCGACAAGGGAGCUAAGGUCGCAGUGCAGUACCCAAAGACCCGUCUUGUGUACGGCACCCUUGAUGACACCGAGCUACUCACUACAGAAGCGUCCAAUGCAGACAUCGUCCUCCAUUGCGCCGACUGCGACCACGUGGCUUCCGCCAAUGCUUUGGUUACUGGGCUCACACGCAGCGGAAAGAAGACCUAUCUCAUCCAUACCUCUGGAACUGGUGUCUUGUCUUUCGAGGACUUUGAGACCAACACCUAUGGUAUGAGGCGGGAGAAGGUCUAUGACGACUGGGACAAGAUCGGUGAGGUCACUUCGCUGCCUGAUUCAGCGCUCCAUCGAAAUGUCGACAAGAUCAUCCUUGGAUCGAACGAUGUUUCAGCAGGUAACAUCCAGUCUGCCAUCGUCUGUCCACCAUGUAUCUACGGCCCUGGACGUGGCCCCGACAAUCAGAAGAGUGUGCAGGUAUAUGACAUGAGCAAGGCCGCACUGAAGCGCAUGAAGGGUUUUGUCGUUGGUGACGGCAAGAACAUGUGGACUCAAGUUCAUGUUCAAGAUCUCAGCGAGGUGUUCCUAGCCCUUGUGACAGCCGCUUUGUCGCCCGAUGGUGGCAAAGCGACCUGGAACAAAGAAGGAUACUAUUUCGCAGAGAGCGGAGAGUUCUGCUGGGGUGACAUCGGCACCAAGAUUGGGGAGAUCGCUUUCAAGAACAAGCUCAUCAACCAUGAGGGGGUUGACAACGUGAGCAAAGAGGAGGCAGACGAGAUGAGGCCAAUGGGCAGCUACCUUUGGGGCACCAACUCUCGCUGCAAAGCUAUUCGAGCCAACAAGCUGUUCGGUUGGACUCCCAAGCAGAAGAGCGUGUUCGAUCUGCUGCCGGAGAUCAUCGAUGGUGAGGCAAAGGCGAUGGGUCGCAUCAGGCAGCACGCUGAAGAAGCUGCUGAGGGACGUAUCAUGAAGUAG